AUGAAGGACACUCCUUUGUCAAACUGUGAGCGGGACUUUCUGCUUAAAGCUAUCGAGGAGAAAAAGCGCCUGGACGGGAGACAGACUUAUGACUACAGAAAUAUAAAAAUCACAUUUGGGACAGACUAUGGGUGCUGCUUUGUGGAUUUGGGGAAAACAAGGGUGAUGGCUCAGGUGUCCUGUGAGCUGGUGGCUCCAAAAGAAUCUCGUCCAAAUGAGGGAGUGCUGUUCUUUAAUAUAGAGUUGUCUCCUAUGGCUUCCCCUGCGUUUGAACAGGGCAGGCAGUCAGAGCUGUCGGUGAAGCUCAAUCGGCAGCUGGAGAGAUGCUUCAGGAACUCCAAGUGCAUUGACACAGAGUCUUUGUGUGUUGUGUCUGGGGAAAAGGUGUGGCAGAUCCGCGUGGAUGUGCACACACUGAACCAUGACGGAAACCUGAUGGAUGCCGCCACUGUCGCCGCCAUUACAGCUUUGUGCCACUUCAGACGACCUGACGUGUCCAUCCAGGGAGAGGAGAUCACUGUGUACACUCCAGAAGAGAGAGAGCCCAUUCCGCUCAGUAUCUACCACAUGCCCAUAAGUGUCAGCUUCUCCUUCUUUCAACAAGGGACGUAUUUGCUGGUGGAUCCGUGUGAGCGAGAGGAGCGGGUGAUGGACGGACUCCUCAUGAUUGCGAUGAACAAACACAGAGAGAUCUGCUCCAUUCAGUCCAGCGGAGGCAUCAUGCUGCUCAAGGAACAGGUUUUGAGAUGCAGUAAAAUAGCCAGCGUCAAAGUGUCGGAGAUCACGACGCUCAUCGGCAAAGCUCUGGAAAACGACAAAAAGGCCAGGAAAGCCGGGGAGAAGUGCGGGUUUGCAGAGUCGAUGUCUCAGGAGCGAAUAACGACUUUGAUAGUGGACGAGACUCCGGUGGAGAUGACAGACGUGGUGGAACAGGCAGACGACAUCAUCAAGAACUCCAAAGCCCCUCCUGAGACGCCAUCGUCCCCUGUGGUGCCUGCUCCGGGGGUUGGGCAGGUGGGACAGGGGCUGCAGAACUCCUGGGGUCUGGAGGAGCAGGACAGCGAGGAGGAAGAGGAUAUGGUGGUAGAGGUACAACCCAAAAAGAAAAUAGCCAAAGGAGAUAUUGUUGAAAUUUCUGACAGUGAAGAGGAUGAAGUUGUUAUCCUCCAGCCAGAAGCACCAGUCAAAAAGUCAACCGCUCACCAGAAGGGGGCGACAACAUCCAAGAAAAAAAAAUGA